AUAACUAUGCAACCCUCUCGCGAUUAAUUGAUCUGUUAAGAAGAGCUGGGAAACUAGAAGAAGUCCCAAGAUUUCUUUUAAUGGCUGAAAAACAUUCUACAAGAACAAAGCUUGAACCAGGAUUUCACUACUGCAAAGGACUGUAUCUUUGGUAUACAGGUGAACCAAAUGAUGCACUCCGACAUUUUAAUAAAGCUCGAAAGGACAGUGACUGGGGACAGAAUGCAGUCUACAACAUGAUUGAAAUUUGCUUGAACCCAGAUAAUGAAACUGUGGGUGGUGAAGUCUUUGAAAAUCUGGAUGCUGACACGGGUAAUUCAACAGAGAAGCAGGAGUCUGUGCAGUUGGCUGUAAGAACAGCAGAAAAUCUUCUGAAGGAACUCAAGCCUCAGACCAUUCAGGGUCACAUUCAACUGCAAAUCAUGGAAAAUUAUUGUCUCAUGGCAACCAAACAAAAAUCAAGUGUUGAACGAGCACUGAACACUUUCACUGAAAUAGUAGUGGCUGAGAAGGAUCAUAUACCAGCACUUUUGGGAAUGGCCACAGCCUACAUGAUCUUGAAACAGACUCCACGAGCCAGAAAUCAGUUAAAACGAAUUUCAAAAAUGAGCUGGAAUCCCAUUGAUGCAGAGGAGUUUGAAAAGAGUUGGCUUCUGCUUGCAGAUAUAUAUAUUCAAUCUGCAAAAUAUGAUAUGGCAGGUGAAUUAUUAAAACGAUGCCUCCGUCAUAACAGGUCAUGCUGCAAGGCUUACGAAUACAUGGGAUACAUAAUGGAAAAGGAACAAGCGUAUAAGGAUGCAGCAAUAAAUUAUGAGAUGGCCUGGAAAUACGGAAACCAAGUGAAUCCAACAAUAGGAUACAAAUUGGCUUUCAAUUACCUGAAAGGAAAGAGAUAUGUUGAUGCAAUCGAUGUUUGUCAUAAG